GGGCAGCUCGAGUGAGGAUUCGGAACCGGAGGGCGGAGGAGGUGCACCGGAGCGCCCCACGAACCAAUCCCCGAUCGGUGGGUUGACGGCAAACCAUCGGCAGCAGGACUCGACCGCGAGCUGCCCCAUGAUGGCCGGUGGCACCGAGAGCGGUGAGACGACCGAGAAUCAACAGUCAACGAUGUGGCUAGGGACCGAGGAUGGCUGCAUACACGUGUAUAACUGCACCGACAACAUACGAAUUAAGAAGAACAAGAUCAAGAUACCGCACGUGAGUGCGGUCUACUCGAUCCUCUAUCUCGAUAACCGCGUGUUCGUUUCGCUUGCCAAUGGCGACAUCUGCGUGUACUCGCGCGAUCGCACCGGUUGGAAUGUGUCCGCCCCUCUGACGGUUACGGUCGGUACGGUGAGCAAUCCGGUGGUGAAGCUGCUGAAUGUACACGGCAAGCUGUGGUGUGCGAUACAGGGCACCAUUAAAGUAUUAAAUACAAAAAGUUUGCAGAUUGACAGUCAAAUUCAAAUCUCAAACGAUUCGAAACCAAUCACAAAUAUGACAGUAUUAAAUGAUUACGUGUGGAUUUCGGUGCAGAACUCGGCGCACAUCAAGUGCUGCCAUCACGAAAGCUUCGAGGUAAUUUUCGAAGUGAACCUGGCACCGUCGGUCAACAAGAUGCUUUCGAACUGUGAUGACAUUAUCCGGCAGCACAAGGCCGCCUGUCUCCGGGUAACUUCGCUCCUGGCCUGCAAGGACCUGAUCUGGGUCGGUACGAGUGCUGGCGUGCUGCUUACCAUUGCCGCACACAACGUUGCAAAAGGGUCGCCACUACCCGUGGUAACUGGCAUUCCCCAUGGCCACACGGGCCAUGUUCGGUUUCUCACAUUCGUCGAGUCGCCCGAGUUGGAUGGAGACGGAGCAACCAAUGAGGAGACGGUUCGAUCCGAACGAUCGGAUCGCGCAAGCGGUACUGGGCCAUCGGUUGGAAAGGGUAAGGUGGCGGCCACCGUGCACAACCAUCGACCAUUACUGGUCAUAUCCGGGGGUGACGGUUACGAGGACUUCCGCAGUACUGGCAACAACACAAUGAGCGAUGUGGCUGGCCGUGAAGACAGCACAAACCAUCUGCUGCUGUGGAAGGUAUAAAGGGUUCUUUGCUCCGUUAGUGUCGGUCCCGCGUACAGUCCCAUCUCGUAGUAUUUUGUAUUAUGUUUGUUUGCUACCGUCACUAGCGCCUAGUGGGGUUGCGUUGCGUCGUGAGUACAAGCUGGACUUGAACCGUAAACGUUUGUGGAACUACUCGAUGUUGUCGUUGUGUUUCUUCCUAAGAGCCCAAGAGGGUGUUCUCAGUAAUCAUUUGAAGGUUGAAUUAUUAUUUCGAAUCGAAUCUCCAUUCAGCUGCCAACACUCUCACGUACACUCAAGCUCUUGAAGGGCGAGUGGUCGCGAAUGCGAACAAAGGAUAAGACAAUAAGAAUUUACAGUAACUUCGUAGACCGUGUUGAGAAAGAAAGAAAGAAUAGACGAAAAUCUAAGAAAUCUGAUGCCCAGCCGCCUGAUACAAGGUUGUGGCCGAUGGAGGGGCCAGCUGGCUCAAAUCAAUAUUCCAAAGUACUUAACGCAGCAAACAGGGAGCGAUGGUGGCUGCAAUACAAGAAUUAGCAAGUGAACAAAACCCAUUUACCGGUACCGGGUAUAUCUACAGUGUAAGACUAUUGAUACUGCUGUAUGCUAAUAGCCACUACUACUAUUAUACCACUAUCGAUACUUCUACUACUAAUAUUCCCAAGUAGUAGCUAACUCCCUUCUGAACAUUUAAAAUCUAGUGAUAGCGCCGUAAUGAUCCCCGGUAUCCACGGUAGAUUCGCCGCACAGGACUGCGCAGGAAUUGAGGAAUUGUUGGACGUAAGAAAUGCAUGACUAAAUCGAAUCAGUUAACAAUUUGGAUUGUUUGGUAGAGGUCCAGUAAAUAUUUCAAACAAAAUGAUUAGUGGCCCGAUACCACGAAGUGCGACGAUAAUGUGUGUAUGAAUGCUAGUCGAACGCUGUAGAAGCAAACCCAGGAUGAUGGCUAUCUGGCCAGCCCUUUAUGUACUGCUUAGCUCUCGGAUGCUAUAAGCGUAUGGAGAGCGGCGGCAGAUGUACUUCUGAAGGUAUCCUUAUUAACGUAAUUAAUAGAUAACACACACGCGCACCUCCACGUAUACCGAAUACUACGGCCAUAUUGUUAGAUACGGUGUGUGUGUGUGUGUGUGUGUGUGCGCUUGUGCUCGCAUUAGCAACUGCUCACUGGGGGCCGAUGAACGAUUCCAGGAUUUAUCAUUUUUUUUAAGAAGCUACCACAGUUUGGCGUACAAUUGCAUGGCCAACUACUACCUGUGUUUCGUAAUGCCGUCAUAGAACCGGGAAAGCCCAAGGUAGGGACAAUACACACAAAACCAGAAACCCAGGAAGGAAGGUUAAAGCUUAUGUGAACAGUAUAAAUAUAUGAACAUAUACCUAGAUAUACACAAUAUUAAAUGUAUUUAUAAUGAAAACUAUUCACUAACCGACUACUAAUCGAGGAGCGUAGAGUACCAGCGAACGCGAUUGAUGGUUGGCCUGCCAGUACGCACCCAGUAGGCCGUGUAUGAAAAUGGUUGGGUACAUCGAGAAUAGACUGGUGGCUUUAGUACUGUUAACCAGAAUUUUCAAAAUUGUACUGGAAAAUUUAUACAAAUUUGUUGUAUGAAAUGACAAAGCAAGGUUGCGACAGAACGUAACAACAUGUAGAUCGACCACCGUUUUAUAACCCUUGCGGUUCUUGCACGCGUACUCUCUGUCGAUAGAGCCAGCAAGGAAAUAGAACGAUUGUACAUGAGAGAAAGGAAGAAGUUAAGAACUUGAAACUUGACCGUGAGUUUCUUCGUGUUUGUUUUGCAUUAAAUUUACCUUCUUUCUGUAUUCCGAUGACACAUCAUUUCGAUUUGGUAGAAUUGAUAGGUAAGUUUGGUCGAGAGCAUUCCAUCUGGAAAAUAUGAGAUAGUUUUGUUUAUUAAUUCAAGUCAUGCCUAUCAAUAUCUUAAUCCAAAGCCAUACGGUAGGUAUUUGAUAAUAUGAUCAUUACGGUGGAUAAUACAUAAUGCCAUAUCAAACAGAACCUCCACAAAUCGCACUGUUGUAUUUAAUGUUGCCUUUCAUAUUUGGACCGAAUUAGUAUGAUUUACGAUUGUACAUUUCCGAAACACAACACAGUUGGUUUAUCUUAUCUCGUCCCUCCUGUUGCUU